AGUUACAACCUUUAGAAACAAAGGAUUUUAAUAUGCAAGAAAUGAACAUUGUUCAAAGUAAGGGUGUCAAUACAUCUAUAGAGUAUUCAUGGAACGAAAAGGAACUGGAAGAAUUUAGAAACAUGGUUCUUCGUGAAAAGAACUUGAAUUCUAGGACAGAUGAUUUGUUUCUGUUAAGCUUUCUAAGGUCAAGAAAAUACGAUAAAUCCGAUGCUUUGAAACUACUGAAGAAUUAUUAUUCAGUUAGAAGAAGUGUAAAUGAAUUAAAAAAUCUUCGACCGUCGGCAAUAGAACAUGUUUUACAAUCGAACGUCAUGGCUCAUUUGUACGUUGAAGGUGGUAUGGGAUUAGGAUUCGGUAGAGCAAGCCACUGGGAUACAUCCAAAAUAUCUGCGAUAGAUUUAGGAAGAGGUAUAUUGAUGCAUAUCGAUUUCAAUUUAAAUGAUCAUCGCCUACAAGUUAAUGGAGUUUCCGUAAUUGUGGAUAUAAAAACGUUAUCAUGGAAGCAUGUAAUCUGCUUCAGUCCAAAAAUAGUGAGAUAUCUUAUAUCGUGGUUUUAUAACGCCCUGCCUGUGUCUUACAAGAGCAUACAUUUUAUUCAUGUUAAUAGCUUCUUCUUUGCUAUUAUAUCCGUGGUAUUUCCAUUUUUACCAAAGAAAUUAAAAGAAAGAAUUCGGUUUCAUGGUUCAAAUUUGGAUAGCCUUUUUAAGGAGAUUGAUUCAAUGUACAUUCCUGUGGAACUUGGAGGAAAAUUAAAUAUAGAUUGGUCCGAAUCUAAUCAACUGAUAAGAGAUAAUGAAGAAUUUUUCAUUGAAAAUGAAAAAUAUUGGAAUAAUGAAAAAGAAAGUUGAAUUUUAAA